UUAUUCUUAAUGCAUACGUACCCACUUAUUUACAUAUGCGUGUUAAUUACAUUUUCUAUAACCUAAAUUAUAUAUAUAUAUAUAUAUAUAUAAAGUUCUGGAAUAUAAUAAUAUGUGUGAAAAUGUAUAAAAUUGAAGAUUUUAACGAUUAAUCAUUGAUUUUUUAAAAUUUUAUUUAAAUUCGAUUGCCAAUCAAACUGUGAAGUAUAGUUAAUGUUCAUUUCAGAGCAAUAUUAAAUAUUCCUUUCAUCGAACCAUCUUAUUAUAGAUUACUUCACGGAUAAAAUGUGCGUCCAAGGCUGUCUCAUUAUAUGUUAGUAGUGAUGUGGAACUGCAAUAGUAAAAUUAUGACGAAAAUGAAUUUGUUUAUUAAAAUAUUAUUUUUAGUUAUUGCAAUAAUAUUUAGUGCAAUACCACAAUGUUCCUCAGUUUUAUCAGACAAACGACUAUGCUAUGAUCCUAACUGUUCCGAACCUAUUUCAUUAGCUAGAACAACAAUUAAAUAUAUUCCAAAUGAAUUGGGAUUAUUAUCGUUUAAUGUUAAUGAAAAAGUCACAGUUUAUAGUAAAGAAGCAGGCAAGAGAAAAGAUUUGUGGGGUGUAGAGAUAAAUGGCAAACAUGGAUAUGUAUCAAAGUCAUUUAUAAAAGAAUAUAAAGUUUUACAUAAGGAUUUACAAUAUGAAGUGUCUAUUGAUCCAUUAUUUAAUAAUAAUGUUUCAUCUAAUAAUAAACUUCAGCCUAAACAAAGAAAAAAUAAAUCAGUAUUUGAUAAAAAGGAUAUUAAACAAAUUGACAAUUUAGAUUUGAAAUCCACAAAAGAACUGCCACAGAAUGAAAUUGGUGUAACUCCAUCUUAUCAGAUUAUUGAUGGAACUACAGUUCACUUAAAUCAUAAUGAACCUUCUAUAGAACCAACUCUUAUAAAAGAUAUCAUACAAGCAACAGUAGUGCCAAAUAAACAAAAUACUAUUGAUGAAACAUUAAUGAGCACAAAAGAUAAAUUAGAAAGUAAGGAAAAAAUUGUUGAAGUUGAUAUUAAAGAUUUUGUGAUAAGUUCAGAAAAAAUAUUAGAUUUACCAGAUCUAAUACACAGUUCACCAUUAAAUAUAAGUGCAAUUUCUGAUAAAAUAGAAUAUGCAACAGAGAAUGAAAAUGAGUCAUUUACUGAUGAAAAAGAUCAAUCAUUAAAAAAAAAUGAUGAUACUAAUGAUUUACAAAUAUCUAUAUCUGAUAUUUCUAAAGAAACAUUAAAUAUUAAAGGUGAAGAAAUAGUUGAAUUAAUUAAAAAAGAUAAUAUCAAUUCCAAUGAAGUAAUUGAAAAUAUUGAUACCAAACUACAUAUACAAAAUAUAGAAAAUACUGAUCAAAUUAAAGAACCAGAUAUUUUAUCAUCAGCCAGUCAUAUAAAAACAGAUUUACAAAAUGCAAAAAAUUCUAAUGAAAUUGAUGUAAAAGAUAAUCAAGCCUUAGAAAAUAUUAUAAAUGAAACUAAAUUAGAAGUACAGAAUGCAGAAAUAAAAAAUAUUCAAGCUUCACAAGAUGAUACAAUUGCAACUAGUGACAUUAAGGUAGAUAUACAAAAUAUGGAAAAUUCUUAUAAAAUUGAAAUAAAAGAUCUUCAGUCUCCAGAAAGUAUUAUAGCAACAUCUAAUGAUAUUACAUCAAACAUACAAAGUAUAGAAAAAUCUAAUGAAUUUGAAAUUAAAGAUAUCCAGUUUUUACAAAAUGUUACAAUAAAUACAAUCAGUGAUAUUAAAUCAGAUGAACAAAAUGUAGAAAGUUCUCCUGAAAUUGAGACAAAAGAUAUUCAGUCUUCAGAAAAUCUUGUAAUUACAACUAAUGAAAUUAAAUCAAAUAUAUCAAAUAUUGAAAAUUCUGAUGGAAUUGAAAUAAAUAAUAAUACAUUAUUAGAAGAUAUCACAAUUAAUACAAAAAAUAUGCAAUAUUUUGAAAAUGUCAUUCAAUCAAAUACAGAUCAAGAUAAUAUAAAAAAGGAAGAAGAAGUACAUACAAGUAUUGAAAAUUUAAAUAAAUAUGAUAAUGAUCAAGAUUUAUCAUUAUUAUUUCUCACUCAAAAUAUAAAAGAUAAAAUGUCAGUAAUAUCAUCUGCUGAGAAUAUUGAAACAGAAAAUAUUGAACAUAAAGAAGCAAUAUCAAAAAUUGAAUCUAAUUCAAAAAAAAUUGUUGAUAUUGAAGAUACUAUGCUAAUAAAAGAAACAAGUUCAGAUAAAUAUGAUUUAAGAAAUGAGGAUAUUUUAUCUGUAACUAAAGAAACAUCUGAAAAUAUUUUUCAUGAAAUAGAAGUUACACCUCCUAAUGUUUGUAUAGCUGAUAAUGUUGAAUGUUCUUCAGAAGAUGUUCAAAAAUAUUAUUCACAUCAUGAACAAAUUUCUCAAAAUGAUGAAAAUGCUAUAAUAAGUGGAAUACAGAUUGAAAGCAAUCAUUGGUUAACACUAAUGUAUUUAAGUGUCACUGCUAUUGCAACACUUAUAUUUUCCUUAGGGUACUAUUGCAUUGAGAAUAUGAGGAGUGAUAAACGACUGAUAGCUAGAAUCAACAAACUUGAAAAAGAUUUACUUAUUUCAGAAGCAGAAUGUACAAUGGUGAAUGAAAAUCUAAAAUCAACAAAAGAAAAGUUAAGCCGUAUGGAAGAUGAAUCAUUUGGAUCUGAUGAAAUGGUAAUUUCUUUAAGAGCUGAUUUAAAAGCUUCACAGAAUGCAAAAGCAGAAUUAGAAGAUCAAGUAGCUAUGUUAGAGAAAGAUCUAGAAAGUGCUACUGAAGCUGGAUUAGAAUUAGAAAAAAUGUUGCGAGAAGUUCUUUCAUCGAAUAAUGAAGUUAAUCCUUUAGCUCAAUCAGUAGAAGACUUACAAACCAGAUUGAAUGCUCAACAAGCUGCAAACGAAUCUUUAACGAAUGCUUUAAAUCUUAAAACUCAAGAGCUUGAAUUCGAUAAACUUGAGAACGAAUCUUUAUCAACAGAGCUUGCAUUUAUUAAAAAAAAAUAUGAAGAAUUUGAAGUUGAAUUUACUAGAGUUACAGAAAAUUUAAAAUUGGAAAUCAACAGUAAAAACAUUGCCGAACAAACGUUGAUCGAUAAGGUGCAACAAUUAGAAAUGCGACUCAAAGAAAUUUCUAUUGAAAAAGCAACUUUAGAAAAAGAAUUGAAAGGUAAAGAAGUAGAAAUAAAAGAUCUCGUAGAUGUUAUUAAUCGAUUGAAUUCUAAUAACUUGGAUUUAGACAAGUUAUAUGAUGUAUCACAUAUUAAAGCAGAGGCAAAAACAUUGUUUGAAGAAAGAAAUGAAUUAAAAAUACGAUUAGCUGAGAUUGAAGGAGUUCAUAAUUUAUUAGAAGAACAUGUAAAGGUCGUUAAAGAAGAAAUGGCAACUUUGACUGAACAAUGCAAAAUAGCAGAAAAAGAAAAGAAAGAUGCAGAAACACGACUAGAAGUAUUGACAAAUUUUUUCGAAGAAAAAGAGGCACAACGCCAAAAAGAAGAAGCUAUUUGGUUGCAACAACAGGGUGAAGUUGUAUCCACUGUAGAACGAAUACAAACAAUGCAAAAUGAAAUACAAAAUUAUAAACAACAAGUAGAAGUAUUGAAACGUGAAAUAUUAGAUCAAGAAAGAGAAUAUAAAAAUCAAAUUUCUUUGCUUGAAACAAAGGCACAUGAACAAUGGGUUGUAGCCCGUCAAGUUGAACGUCGUUUAGAAGAAUCUAAAGUUGAAGCAGGACAAUUACGUAAUCGUCUUACUUUAAUAGAAAAGAAUAUAAAUGAUGUAGAUCCUGAAGUAAAAUUGCAUCGACUGGAAGCAAAUGGAGAGAUGACAACGUCACCUCCAUUAUAUCUAGGAGCAGAAUCAUCCAGUUCUCCUAUAAUGUUUUCUGGUUCUUCGGGUGUUCCGCCACCGCCACCACCUUCUUAUUUACAUUCACUGUUUCCACCAUAUUUACCACCUCCAUUACCAAAUGCAUCCGGUGUACCACCAUACGAAGUUAGCCAACGACCACCACCAUUGGGUGGUCGUUUAUCUUCACCUCCACCUAUGCCUUUACAUCCUCCUACUUCCAAUAGGUAUGAUAAUGCUGGUUCCCCACCACCAAUGUCUCCACACAUACUUCCACCUUUUGAUCAUAGAUCACCUCCUCCACCUCCUCCUGCUUCAAUAUUACCACUACCCCUUGGAACGUCGCAUUCAUGGGGGGAAGAAUCACUGCCGCCUCCACGCAAUUCUGGCUUCCAUCCAACACAACGAGAACGAGUUCGAAAUCACAAAGGUUCCUUACAUUCUUCAGGAGAAUCACUAGACAAGUCACACCAUAACAGCAAAGUUUGAAACUUCUAUUUUGUUAUAAAAUAAUUCGUAUGUGCGUUCAACUUGUCAUUAGUAAUUGAGAUAUUCAUUAAUAAAAAAAUUCAAUAAACAAAUAACAGUGAUGCAGAACAUAUUAAUGCUAAUAGAUCGAGCAUUUAUUACUUCAUGAGAAAAAAUCAUGCAUUUUGAUAUGAUAUUUGUUGUGAUAAACAUAUAAUUAGUUUAUUAUAAAAAAAAUAUUUGUUAAUCAUCACUGAUAUUUAAAAAAAAAAAGAAGCAAAUUGUAUAUACGUUUAAUUAUUUCUUAGGAUGUAUUGAAAUAUACAAAUAGACAAAAUUGUAAAAAAAUUUCUUUAUAUAGUUAUAUAUAAUUCUUUAAUCAAAUUGAAAAAAUUAAAUCGUCUUUGUAAAUCAUUCAAACGGGAAAUAAAUUGUAAUAUGAAUUUAGAUUAAAUAAUUGUUAUAUAAAAUUUUAAAAAAUUGAAAUAAAUUGUAAUUUAUAUUA